AUAACCUGUGGCGUCGGCGUUAACUCCCUAGUUUCAAGCUCCGCGCUGUCUGCAUUGCGACUGCAACGAACUGCUCCAACUGCCCUUUAUCUCGUUCGUCGCUAGUAGCUCGUGGACCGUACUGCUAGGUGGUCGUCAGUCACGGCACAAAUCCAACGUCAAACAAUAAAGCGCGUUGUGGCGGCAGCCAAAUCGACCCACAAAAGCCGCAACUCUGUAACCUGAUCCGGACCGAAGCGCUUGUAAGUCAACAGCCCAGGCCUCCUCUCGCUCUCCGAUUCAGUUCGUCAACGUCGGACUAGGUGCACGGCUGUGGAAAUGUUUCGCGCUACGGAAAUCGGCAGCGAAGAAACCCUGCCCGCUUUGGCGGAAUUAACCCAGGGCGAGGGACGGGAUCUGGAGUGGGUCAGUUGGAGGGGUGAACAACGAACCCUGCUGAAGAGGCCUCAACGCAGCUCGCUGCCCAAUUAUGGCUUUGCUCCUCCGCCUAUCCGCCUGGAGUACAGAUAUCCCCGCGCUGUCUUCUUCGUUCUGGCCACCAAGUUUUUUGAGGCUUUUGCUGCCAAUGGCAUACGCACAAUACUCGCCCUCUAUCUGCGCGACGAUCUCAACUUCACGGAGAGCUUCUCCACGGUGGUGCUGCACAUCUUCAACUUUUUUGGUCAGUUCUGCCCCAUCAUUGGCGCGAUCCUGGCGGACAGCUACAUGGGCAAUGUGCGCACAAUAUCGGCCUUUAGUUUUCUAUACGCCUUCGGAUGGCUCCUGCUCACUUUGACUUCCCUGCCCAACAUGACAGUUUCCUUGGUCCUGCUGGUGUCGAUCGCCCUGCUUUUCAUAGCCGUUGGUAAUGGAUCCAUUCGCGCCUGCAUCACCUCGUUGGGAGCUCUGCAGUUUAAGCUACCUGAGCAGGGUACUUCUCUUUCCGAGUAUUUCUCUUUCUACUAUUUCGUUUACUACUUCGGCAUCUUCCUGAGCAAGAUAAUUCCGCCGCUGGUGCGGGCCAACACGCAGUGCUUCAACAAGACGGAGUGCUACCCAGCCGUAUUCGGCACCCUGGGCAGUGCCUUUCUAAUGGCCUGGUUUAUCUUUCUGGUCGGAAAGUGUUUCUACAAGGCCGAGAAGCUGGCCGAAGACAACAUACUCUUUAAGUUCUGUGGCUGUAUAAAAACGGGUCUGGUGGAGAAGUGGCGGCGUCGCAGGUCCCCGAAGCGGUCCAGCUACUGGCUCCACAACGCGGUUGGAGCCUAUGACGAGAGUUUCGUCAAUGAUGUAUCGCGGGUUUUGAGGAUUUCGAAGCUGUUUAUCCCGCUGCCCUUUUAUUUUGCCCUGCUGGCGCAGCAGGACUCCAGCUGGACCUUCCAAGCCACCCAAAUGAACACCACAGUAUUGGGCGUGACCAUCCAACCGGAUCAGGCCAAGGCCGUCGGGCCCAUCUUCCUCUUCAUGCUCAUACCCCUGUGGCAGUACAUAACGGUUCCUUUGCUGCGCCGCUACCUAAACUGGGAGCUGCAGCCACUCCACAGUGUGACCGUGGGCGGGAUUUUUUCUGCAGGCGCUUUCUUUUGCGCGGGCGCUGUGCAAGAACGCAUUAUGAAUUCGCCCGUCCAAACGGUCAGCAUAGCCUGGCAGUUGCCACAGUUUCUGCUCCUCAUGAUGGGCGAACUGCUGCUCUCGAUUCCGGGCUUACAGUUCGCCUUCACCCAAGCCCCAACAACCAUGAAAUCUGUGGUUACGGCUGCCUGGUUCCUAAACAAUGCCUUCGGGAAUUUAGUAGUAGUUCUGGUCACGGAGCUGGCCCUGCUCAGCUCCCAAGUGGCAGAGUACUUCUUCUAUGCGGUGGUCAUGCUGGUAUGCAUCAUCAUAUUCGCCCUGUUGGCGUUUGAUUAUACCCUGCAGGAACGGAAGGGAGGCCUUUAUGUUCGGGGCUUGGACAGCGAUCCGGAGGAUCGGGAUGUGCCCAGCACGAGUCGCAGUGACAGCAUUUAAUCUAGGUGGCUACAUUGUCAUCACUGGUAAUUUAUUGAGACACGCACACAUGCACACACGCAUUAAACUAAAAAUAAAUAUUUAAACACCAAGUUAA